CUUACUUCUAGGCAGUGUAUUUGUACACAUAUGUCACCUUCGACGACCAUGUCUAAUCAGACCGGGACCGUGAUUCGCCCCCCUCAUCCGGGGCACUUCCUUUUCACGUCCGAGUCGGUCAACGAAGGGCAUCCCGACAAGAUCUGUGACCAGGUCUCUGAUGCUGUUUUGGACGCUUGCCUUGCACAGGAUCCCGACUCCCGUGUAGCCUGCGAGACUUGCUGCAAAACCGGCAUGGUGAUGAUAUUUGGUGAGAUCACCACACACGCUAAGGUGGAUUUCGUGCAAGUUGUCCGUAACGCCUGCAAGGAGAUUGGUUACGAUGAUGAAGCUAAGGGUCUCGAUUACAGGACUAUGGAAGUCCUCAACAAGCUCGAGGAGCAGAGUCCUGAGAUCGGCCAGUCUGUUCACGGACUGGGAACUAAGGCCCCUGAGGAGAUCGGUGCCGGAGACCAAGGUCACAUGUUUGGUUACGCUUCUAAUGAGACUCCUGAACUCAUGCCUUUGAGCCACAGUCUAGCCACUAAGCUGGGUCAUCAGCUUACUGUUUGCAGAAAGAACGGUACCGUUAAGUGGUUAAGACCUGAUGGAAAGACUCAAGUAACUGUAGAGUAUACUAAAGGCACUAGUGGGGAGAUGAUCCCCGUUAGAGUCCACACCAUCCUUAUUUCUACUCAACACUGCCCUGAAGUCAGUCAAGAGCAGAUCCAUUCGGAUUUGAUGGAGUAUAUAAUAAAGCCUAUUGUCCCUAAGCAGUACCUUGAUGAGGAGACCAUAUACCACUUGAACCCCAGCAAGUCGUUUACUAUUGGUGGACCUCAUGGUGAUGCUGGUCUUACUGGUCGUAAGAUUAUCAUUGAUACUUAUGGUGGCUGGGGAGCACACGGUGGUGGAGCUUUCUCUGGCAAGGAUUCCACUAAGGUUGAUAGAUCGGCAGCAUAUGCAGCUCGAUGGGCAGCAAAGUCCCUGGUCCAUGCCGGACUGUGUCAGCGUUGCUUGGUCCAGGUCAGUUAUGCUAUUGGAGUUGUCCAGCCAUUGAGUCUCUUCGUGGACUCGUAUGGUUCGGCGAUGCCUGGCCUUUCUGAUGAGGAUUUGUGCGAUAUCGUCAAGCGCAAUUUCGACUUCCGACCUGGCUGCAUACAGAGGGACUUGGAGCUUAAAAAACCUCAGUUCCAAAAGUUGGCUGCCUAUGGUCAUUUUGGUCGUAACGAUUUGAUGCCAGCUUGGGAGGUGGUGAAGGAUUUGGAGGGCGAAGUGGCUGAGGCCAAGAAGAAAUGUUCGAAGUAGUUUAUGCUAGUUUUCCUGUCACGCUCACUACUACAACGAUGCGUGUAUUAUCGGCGCUAUGGUAUUGUACUACCAAACUCUCUAUGAAUACCAGCAGCAAUUGAUUUUCCUCGUAUGAGGAAUUAUGGCAACUCUCAUUGAGACGGUUUAUAAGGCGAGUUUCCAAGCACUAAAGCUCGGCACAAUCGCUAUAAUGGUAUAUAUAAUAUCAUGGUCAUCAUCAUCAAUAGCGUUGAUAAUAAAAGAUUAUUACUACUUGUAGUGAAUAGUUGUUGACAGUCGUGUUAGUGUUCUUAGCAGUACUAGUGGUGAGUAAUUAGUGGUGGAGGUGUGGUAUGGGUUGAAGAUAUUUAUCUUCACCCAAGCCUCGCCGCUACUAUAGUUUCUGACUAGUGUUGCUGUUGUUACUUCCAUUUCACAGUACUCGUGGUGAAUACUGCUGCCACUUAGGGUCUUUACGUUCUGCUUAUAUUUGACUUCAUCAUCAUUACUACUCUCUGUGUUACAAUAUCGAUCGUCUCGUGCUUGCUCUCCAUCAUUACUGACUGUUUCGAAUCUGUCGGUAGUGUGAGAUGCCAAGUAGGAGAUUAUGGGCUAUGUCGGGCAGGAAUAAGAUUAAUGGUG